ACAAAAAGGAGAAAAAAAAUAAAGAAAAAGAGAACUGCAUACACAAACGAAACAAGAUGAAAAUUUAGAACAGUUACCGUAUUGCUUUGCUUGAAUGGUGAUGGGCGGUAGCACUAAAUUUUCAAAGCUCAACGGCAAACCACAGAAACAAGGUGGGUGUAUAUUACAUUUAUAUGCCCUCAAUUAAAAUUGGAAACUUUCCCAAUAGUAUAUGUUAAAUUUUUUCAAUUUUUUAUAUAUAAGUUUUAUAUUUAAUAAAAUGAAAAUAAAUAUUAUGUUUGUCAUUAAAUACAUACAAAAAAAUAUUUUAGUGGGGCCAAACAUAUAUAACUUCGACGUUUUAAGAAAAAACAAAAAAGUUAGGUGCGUGGCUCAUCGGUCCACCCAUCUCCACUGCUAAUCCUCUCAUCUGAAACAUUAUAUAUAACCCAUGAAUAUCUCCAUGAAUCUAAUUUCUUAUCUCCUUAACAACAAUAUAACCAUGUCCGAAGAACAAUCUGAAGCCUCUGGUCUUCCAGUCGUUAUCCCCAAGUUCUGGGAUGAAGAUGAUGAAGCUCUAUCCCAAGAGUGCCGAGAUCUCAUAGCAACCCUACCUUCUGAACCGUAUUGGAAGAUCUAUCGGCUCUACCAAUUCCAAGGCUUUUGGCACAACAAAAGGGUCAUCCAAGGAGCCCUCAACUUGCAGAAAUACUUUCAGACCCAUGACUCUGACAUCAUCCUCGUCACUAUGCCAAAAUCUGGCACCACCUGGCUCAAGGCCCUCACUUACUCAAUCCUUAAUCGCAAGACCCAUUAUCCGAACCCGAAUCUAAACCCGACCCACCCUCUUCUCACUACCAACCCUCAUGAUCUUGUGCCCUUCUUGGAGCUCCGUCUCUAUCUCGAGAACAACCCAGAUCUGAGCUCCUUCUCAUCGCCGAGGCUUUUCGCGGCCCAUCUGCCAUACUUACCAUUGCCGGAGUCCGUAAAGUCAUCGAGAUGUAAGAUAGUGUACUUGUGCAGAAAUCCUAAGGACGUUCUUGUCUCGUACUGGCACUUUACAAGUCCGUUCUUCAAAACAGAAAGCCAAGCAGCGAGCAACGUGGUUGAUGAGGAUUUGUUUGAGAAGUUUUGCCAGGGAAAGAACCCUUUCGGGCCGUUUUGGGAUCACAUAUUGGGUUAUUACAAGGAGAGUUUGAAAAGACCAGAGAAGGUAAUGUUUUUGAUGUUUGAGGAUCUAAAGGGCAAGCCGGUGAGGGUUUUGAAGGAACUAGCUGAGUUUAUUGGGUAUGGUUUUUCUAAAGAAGAAGAAAAUGAUGUUGUGGGUGACAUAUUGAAGCUCUGUAGUUUUGAAAAUUUGAGCAAUUUGGAAGUGAAUAAAAGUGGAAAAGUGUCCUCCGGGGUGAAAAGUAAGAAUUUUUUUAGACGUGGAACAGUUGGAGAUUCCAAGAAUUUUCUCACACUGGACAUGAUCAAACGACUUGAUGAUAUUACUGAAGAGAAGCUGGGGAUACAUGGCUUGAAGUUUUAAAUUUCCAUUUUAUAUUCUUUAGAACGUCUGGUCUACAAAGAGCAACAGGUUUGAGUAAUAAUUUCUGUGUAUUUUUGUAUUACAUUGAAUAUAAAUAUUAAAUAUUUUAAAA